CUCAACAAAAUGAACUUCUCUUCAUCAAAAACAUAUUUCUUUCUCUUUUUCACAUUAGCUAUAGCAUCAUCAAAACUAAUAUUGGCACAAAAUUGUGGUUGUUCAUCGGAUUUGUGUUGCAGUAGAUGGGGUUAUUGUGGAACGGGGAAUGAUUAUUGUGGUGAAGGGUGUCAAGGAGGACCUUGUUUUAGUACUACUCCAAGCAAUAAUAAUAAUGGAGUUUCAGUUUCUGAUGUUGUAACUAAUGCAUUCUUUAAUGGAAUUGCUGAUCAAGCUGCUUCUAGUUGUGAAGGAAAAGGGUUUUAUACAAGAGAGAGAUUUUUUGAAGCUCUUCAAUCUUAUAGUAAUUUUGGAACUGUUGGUUCUAGUGAUGAUUCUAAGCGUGAGAUUGCUGCUUUCUUCGCUCAUGUUACACAUGAAACUGGACACAUGUGCUACAUAAAUGAGAUAAAUGGUCCAUCAGGAGACUAUUGUGAUGAGACCAACACAGAGUACCCUUGUGUAUCAGGCAAAAACUACUAUGGUAGAGGACCAAUUCAACUAUCAUGGAACUUUAAUUAUGGUCCAGCAGGACAAUCUAUUGGAUUUGAUGGAUUAAAUGACCCAGACAUAGUAGGAAGAGAUGGUGUUAUUUCAUUCAAAACAGCUUUAUGGUAUUGGAUGAAUAAUUGUCAUUCUUUAAUUACUUCUGGACAAGGAUUUGGCCCAACAAUUAGAGCUAUUAAUGGACAAAUUGAAUGUGAUGGUGGUAAUCCACAAACUGUUGCUAGAAGGGUUGAGUAUUAUACUCAAUAUUGUCAACAACUUGGUGUUGAUACUGGGGAUAAUCUUACUUGUUAGUUAAUUAACAACUUGGAAUUUAAAUCAUAUAGAUUUUAUGAAAAUUGAAUAAGAGUUUAUUGUUAUACUUGAUUUUUGUUUAAAAUAAAUAUACAU